AUGGAUUUGAAAUCAACACUUCUUCUCACUGGAGGCUCUGCCGGCUCUUUCAAACUGCUCAAUGCAGUCAUCAGAGUCCUGCCAACACCGCAGCCGGCACAGAGGAAAGCCUGGAAAUGGAGGAAUGUCAGCACGUCGUUAGCUCACAGCUGCCUGACAGGAGCGGGGGCUGUUUUAUGCUUUUACCGUCACCCUCAGAUGAUGGAGGACCUGAUCUCCUUUUGCUCCCUGCACUCCCACACCUGCACGCAUAUUUCUACCUCUCCUCCAGGGUAUUUUAUCCACGACUUCCUAGACAUGGCCUUGAACCAGCCCUUCAAACAGUCCUGGGAGCUACUCCUCCACCACUCUUUGGUGAUCUCAUGCUUCGGUUUGGCUGUGACGUCCCGCCUCUAUCUGGGUUUUGCAGCGGUGUCUCUGCUGGUAGAGAUCAACUCUGUUUUCCUUCAUCUCAGACAGCUCCUCAUCCUCUCAGGACGGAGGAACAAGCCAGGCACUGAACUCACCGCCCCUCAGCCCUCUCUCGCCUACAGCAUCACCAGCUGGCUCAACGUGGGAACGUAGGUGGUUCAGGA